AUGUGUGUUCGCAUGUCAACGGCAUCUAAACGAUUGAUAACAGUUGGUGUGUUUCAGGUGUCGUCGCUAGAAGCGCCGCGGCGCGCGGUCCCGGGCCCCACCCGGCUUGACCUUGAGCGUCGGAGCCUUGACCUCGAGCGGGAGUUGCGCGUGGAUAGGGACUCUGACGCCUCGCUCGACGACCGGGACCACCUCGUCUGA